GCACAUUAUACCACAAUCGUCCUCUCACAUAUCUGUAUAUAUAUAGAUAUAUGUGGGUCAGCAUGUUGGCGAUGCCCAUUGUCAGUUUGAAACCAGGCCCCAGAAUGACCUCGAGGUAGGGAGGGGCAUGGUAUUAAUGUGGUGUGAGGAGCAAAUCAUGUGCAGACCAGCCGCUGCUCAUCCAGGACAGCAACGGCAGCAAUACAUGGACGUCACCAUUGAGACAAGGAGAUACGAAGAAGACAGUGGCGCGAAUUGUUGUCGGCCUCCCGUGGCGCAAGCGUUUCACUAGACAUGCAAAGGUUGUCUUGAGUCCGUCGAGCUUGCGAGCACAGAGACAAAACAUUUACAUAAUGAGUUCUGGGGGAUAAUCGCCGCGCGGCACGGGUGAAGGGUGCGGGACUAGGGCCUCGGCGUCAGUGAAGACGGCCAUUUGCCCGAGUUGCCUGAUGAGUACACCGUACAGUGCAUCAUUCAGGGUGACGGCCUCAACGGCCUCAAAGCCGGAGAGUUCAGGUGCACUCUCUGCAACGCCGGGCCCUUCAACGCGCUGGCAACCGUGGACGUGCACAUCAAGUCCAAGAAGCACACUAAGGCCAUGACGCCGGCCGAGCCCCAGGAGCAGGCCGAGGAGGCGGCGAAGAAGGACCCCUUUGAGGGCAAGGUGUGGAACUUGCCCGACUACGUGAGGGUCACGAGCGACACGCUCGAGUGCACCCUCUGCCCGGCAAAGGCCAACGCAUACCUGAACAUAGCCAUGCACCUGGGGGGCGACAAGCACGCCAAGAAGUGCCGCGGCAGCGGGAACCACGAGAUCAUAUGGAACCAGGCGCGACAGCUGCUCGAGGUCAUGGUAACGGGCGAGCCCGUGGUCCGCACGGGCCACAGGAGACCGAAGAAAGCGAGUGCAGACGCGACCAAGAAGGUCGAGGCCGCCGUGCCCGCCGACCCGGGGCCGCUGCCCGAGGGCUGGCAGGAAUUCACCGACACCUCGAGCGGCCACGUCUACUACUACCACGCGGGCCAGAAGGUGUCGCAGUGGGAGCGACCGGCCGCCCCUGCACAGGACUGCCCACCGCAGCAGGCGCAGGUCGCGGAGCAGCACGAGGAGGCCGCGCAGGACGCGGCCGCCGGGGAGCGCGAGCCCGAGGCGGCCGCCGAGCCAGACCCGGAGGCCGAGCUGCCGCCCGGGUGGCACGCCGUGUGGUGCGAGGAGUCGGGCGCACUACUGGGCCGACGCGGAGACCCAGC